AUGUUAGAAAAAAAGUUUGCUGACAUUGACAAAAAAUUUGAGAAUGUUUUAAAUAAGAACAAGAGGAAGUUGGAAAAUGCUCAGAUAAAACCCAUACAUGACAAGUUCUUAUUUGCUCAGAAUGGUAUAACAGGUCUAAUCGCACCACCUGGGUCGGGUAAGACUUUCACUUAUCUUAAAAUGGCUGCACAACAACAAGAACUAGAUGAGAAGAACCCAUUCUAUGAGUUAGUAGUCAUUUGUAGUACUUCUGGUCAAUUUGACCAAACCGUCAAUUCGUUCAAAGAUAUUAUAAAAAAGUCUAAGUUAGUAUGUAUAAAAGACUCUGAGUUGUUAGAUUGGAUAAAGAAGUACCAAAGAAGAGUUUUGAAGUACAAUGCUAUAAAUGAGUAUGUCAAUUCUAAGUUUAAAGACCCAAAUGAGGAAAUGCAGAGAAUAUUAGAGAAGAAACACUUCAGAAACAAACAGAAAGAGAUAGAAUACAUUUCGAAGAAAUUGCAAUCUUACGAUUGGAAGACUUACCCUCAUAGGUGUCUUCUUAUCUUAG